CCCAGCCCUUCUCGCUCGCCCCUCAGUGCCCCCCCGGCCCCUCACACGUGUCAGGGGCUGGCCCCUUGCCUCCCCAAGGAAGGGCAGGUUAAUACCUCAGGGCAAGGCUCCCGUGUGCCAUUCCGCAUCCAACCUCCGGCAGCUCCUCCGCAGCCAUGGACGGGAUUUCCUCCGCCUUGCCACUCUCUUUGCUGCUUCUCCUCCAGAGCUGUGGAGUCUGGGGGGCACCUCCUCAGCCCAGAGGCACCCUGUGCAGAACCAAACCCACAGACCUGGUGUUCAUCAUUGACAGCUCUCGGAGCGUGCGCCCGCAAGAGUUCGAGAAAGUCAAAGUCUUCCUGUCGCGGGUGAUCGAGGGGCUGGAUGUGGGUCCCAACUCCACGCGGGUCGGGGUCAUCAAUUAUGCCAGUGCAGUCAAGAACGAGUUCUCCCUCAAGACUCACCAAACCAAGGCCGGGCUCCUGCAGGCGGUCCGGAGGAUAGAGCCACUCUCCACGGGGACCAUGACCGGCUUGGCCAUCCAGUUUGCCAUCAGCCGGGCCUUCAGUGACUCAGAAGGGGCCAGGCUCAGAUCUCCCAAUAUCAAUAAGGUGGCGAUUGUUGUGACCGACGGACGCCCCCAGGACGGAGUGCAGGACGUGUCAGCGAGGGCCAGGCAGGCUGGCAUUGAGAUCUUUGCCAUCGGGGUUGGCCGGGUGGACAUGCACACACUGCGGCAAAUCGCAAGCGAGCCCCUGGACGACCACGUGGACUACGUGGAGAGCUACAGCGUCAUAGAGAAGCUGACCCACAAGUUUCAAGAAGCGUUCUGUGUGGUGUCCGACCUAUGUGCCACUGGCGACCACGACUGCGAGCAGAUCUGUAUCAGCACUCCGGGAUCGUACAGGUGUGCUUGUAAAGAGGGCUUCACGCUGAACAACGAUGGGAAGACCUGCGGUGCUUGCAGUGGUGGGUCAGGAUCUGCCCUGGAUCUCGUUUUCCUGAUCGAUGGCUCCAAGAGCGUUCGGCCAGAGAACUUCGAGCUGGUGAAGAAAUUCAUCAACCAAAUUGUGGAAUCCUUGGAGGUGUCAGAGAAACAGGCACAGGUUGGCCUGGUUCAGUACUCCAGCUCUGUCAGGCAGGAGUUUCCUCUGGGACAGUUCAAGAACAAGAAGGACAUCAAAGCAGCAGUCAAGAAAAUGGCCUACAUGGAGAAAGGCACCAUGACAGGCCAGGCUCUGAAGUACCUCGUGGACAGUUCCUUUUCCAUCGCUAACGGAGCCAGGCCUGGGGUUCCCAAGGUGGGCAUAGUCUUCACAGAUGGACGGUCACAAGAUUACAUCACUGAUGCUGCUAAGAAAGCCAAAGAUUUAGGCUUUAGGAUGUUUGCUGUGGGAGUUGGUAACGCGGUGGAGGAUGAGCUGAGGGAAAUUGCUUCCGAACCAGUAGCUGAGCACUACUUCUACACAGCCGACUUCAGAACCAUCAGCAACAUUGGGAAGAAGCUGCAAAUGAAAAUCUGCGUUGAGGAAGAUCCAUGUGAAUGUAAAUCUAUUGUGAAGUUCCAGACAAAAGUAGAAGAACUCAUCAAUACAUUGCAACGGAAAUUGGAAGCUGUGGCUAAAAGGAUUGAAGCCCUGGAGAAUAAGAUCAUCUAAGACCACAAAAAAGUUUUAUUUCCUUCUUUCCUGAUGUAACAAAACUAGAAUUCCUUCCUUUGUACGGAGGGCAGCUCAGCCACAGCGCUAUGGCCAGCUUGUAUUUCUUUUAAAGAGUCUAGUCUACCUGCAUUUGUUUAAAAAGGAAAAAGUAGAGCAGUAGAGCAGACAUUGUAUAACAGGCAGAGCACCGCGUGGCUGAGAGCUAGACCAUGCUCAUGUUCACUGCAUCGUAUAGAGUGCAUAUACAAAAAAAUUGGGAAGAUUUGUUUUUGAUUUAAAGCUUAAUAUAUAUGUGUGUGUUAAAAAGUACUUGAUUACUGUGAAUCCUUGCUGAGUUCUUCUGCAUCUUCUGUUUGUACGCAUGAGGUAAUUUAAUUUAAAAGUCAAAGUGACUUAAAAUCAAUUCAGAUGCUGUGUAAAAAGUGAACCGGAACGGCUGAUGGGCUUAUUAUUGUAAACAUGAACCAUUUGUCAGUUAGUAGGUGAAAUAUAGUAAUGAUCAGCAUCACAGAUAAGAUAGAUUAGGAUGCUGCUGCUCAUUGGGUUUAUUCAUAGCUACUGUAAAAUACAGAAAGACAAAAAGCUCAGCCUUCCUAGCUAGCAGCUGUUCUCAUGAUGUUUGAGUGAAGCAGCUCCUGUCUGAGCAAGACCCGUUCUGGUGACGUCCUGAGAUGACGUACAAUGAGCCUGCAGUCGUGGCUCUGCAGGACAAGGCAGCACUGUUAGCACCAGCCCGAUGUGCUCCUCAGCUCUCUGCUCUCCACACCCACAACUCGAGCUCCUAUGGAGAACCCAGGGAACUGCUGCUGAAGUUGCUGCCGAUGGAAGCGGUGCCUUCAUCACUGCGGUGACCGCCAGCUCCUUCCUCAGCCCUCUUCACACCUCAACAGCCAGUCAGCCUAUUUCAGCAUCCUUCAGACAUCCUUUCCUGGAUGUGGAUUCCCAGCGCUGGCAAGAAAAAAAAAAAAAUAAAAGCACAGUGUGGGCCAGAAGCAUCCUGCUGCCUGUCUGCUAGAGAUGUAGCAUGGCUGGGAGCAGAGUGAGGAUGAUUACACGACACGAUGCUGCGCCACUGAAUGUGAGCACAAGGGGUUGAGUUUGGAGGGGUUUGUUUUUGUUUGGGUUUUUUUUUGGGGGGGGCAGGGGGGUUGUAUCAAAAUAUUUAUACUUGAGACUAUGUGAAAAGCUUUUCAGGAUGACCUGGCCUGUUCAGAAAUUAUGCCAUUGCAGAUGUUUUCUGGGUAAAUAUUAAAAGUUUGCUAAAAACUUUUAAAAUGAUUUUAAAUUUAUUUAUUUGCAUAAAGUUUGAUUCCAUUCCUG